AUUAUUAUUGUUGUAGAUUGAUAAGACUUAUUUUGUAAAAAAAAACAAUAAUAAAAGUAGAUUUAUAAGACAUGUUUUGUAUUUUUGGUUGAUUCUACAUCUUUUACUCCAACAGGACAGAAAAUGAACUCACUGCUCUGGCUAUCUCUCCUCUCCCUCUGCUUAGGAGCUGCUAACUCCCAAAAUGCGAAAACUUGUGCCUCUUGCCAUGCUACUGCUGGUGUGUGCACCCAGAAAACCGGCUAUGUGACAUGCAGCUGUAUAUCUGGCUUUGUUGGGAAUGGAAUUACUUGCAACCCUAUUGCCUCGUGCACUACAGAAACCUGCUGUUCCGAAGGUUAUUACUGGGAUAACAGGGCAAACUAUAAAAUAUGCACAGAUAUCAAUGAAUGUGCAGAUUCAACACUGAACGAGUGCUACCCCUCAUCAACUUGUGUUAACAGGAAUGGCAUAUUUCUUUGUGGUAACAACAGAAAUAUUGCAUGCAAUGGUGCAACUUGUGCUUUUGACCAAGACUGUCUAAAUAUUGGAGGUACUGUGCAGUGUGCAGACCCAUGCUCAAACUAUGGGGUGCUGAUUGGAACCAAUAGAUUGUCUACAAUCAACUCCACUGGUGUAUUUACCACUGAUCGAUAUGACUUUGGUUGGUUCCGCUACAAUGGAACUGGUUUGAAGAUGCAAGAAGGUUGUGUUGGUCCGGUAAAAUGUGGAUCCGCGGAACCCUUUACACUUAACAGUAGCCAUCCAGCUAUUGGAGAAGGAAUUGUGAUGAAGAAUCUAAUAACUAACUCUGUGAGCGGAUGCACAGCUGCAGGAACCAUACCUGUAAAAGCCUGCUCUGAGGGAUUCUAUGUGUAUAAAUUCACUGGAAGUUUGAAGUCUGAAGUUUAUUGCACAGAUCCAUCUCCAUUUAAUGUUUCAACUCAAACUACAACUGCCGGGACAACUACCACAUCAACUACUACAAUGGCAGCUACUACAACUCCAACCACUACCACCCCCACUACUACAACUCCAACUACUACCAUCCCCACUACUACAACUCCACCCACUACCACCCCCACUACUACAACCCCAACCACUACCACCCCCACUACUACAACUCCAACCACUACCACCCCCACUACUACAACUCCACCUACUACCACCCCACCUACUACAACCCCAACCACUACCACCCCCACUACUACAACUCCAACCACUACCACCCCCACUACUACAACACCACCCACUACCACCCCCACUACUACAACCCCAACCACUACCACCCCCACUACUACAACUCCAAACACUACCACCCCCACUACUACAACUCCAACAACUCAAACUCCAACUACCACCCCAAAUGCAACAACACCACCACCAUCUACAACCCCAGUUCCAACAACAACAUUGCAAACUACCAGUCAGCCAGGAAACAAUAUUACUGUGACCACAAUGAGAAGCAGAAGUGUAGUCAGUGUGACAUCCUUAACUGAACUGGUGAAUGGCACGGAGACAACAAGUUUGGAGCUAAAUGAGACCACAACUCUCUAUGUUGAAGUAAAGACCAUUAGUCCCACCACUGUGACAACCAACAUCAAUAGCUCAGUCACACCUUUUUACUCCAAAAUAAUUAUUGGGUCUGGUCCUCCUGUGACAUUCACUGACAGACCAGCACCUCAAAACUCAGGAAAUGUAACCGUUGCUCCAAAUCAGCAACUUUUCCAACAGCCUGGUUUGUAUACAAGUCACCCAGCUCAAACCAAAACUGUAACCGAGACCUUUACAGUUGAUAAUGCCAAUUUAACAAGCACCACCACAUCAACAACCAUUACAACAGAAGAGGUGGAAGGCUCCCGGGUCCGUUGCCUCAAGACAUUCCUCUUGGGGGAGGGAGAGAAAAGAGAGUAG